GUAAAACUGGGAGAUACCUUUAGCAGAGUGAGCUUCUGGCAGGACGUCAACGGACACCUGUAGUGAUAACGUUGUGAGACUAAGGUGAGAAUACCAUGUGUGUGUCUCGACUGGUUUUGCUGCUUGGGCUGCUGCUAUGUGUGGGGGCUCAGCUGUCCAACGCCCAGCACUGGUCCCAUGGUUGGUACCCUGGAGGCAAGAGAGAGCUGGACUCUUUCGGCACGUCAGAGAUUUCAGAGGAGAUUAAGUUGUGUGAGGCAGGAGAAUGCAGCUACUUGAGACCCCAGAGGAGGAGUAUUCUGAGAAACAUUAUUUUGGAUGCUUUAGCCAGAGAGCUCCAGAAGAAAAAGUGACAGCUUUCCACUCUACACUGCUUUUCUACCUGGUGGCCCUUCUUCUUCAGUGUCCUUUUCUUGACGUGAAACAGCUUUAUGUUGAUCAUCUGACCUCUUCUAUUUGUUAUGUUUGUCAGUAAAGUUGUUUUCCAACAUACAUUGAUUUUUCCGUGGCAAACAAAUGUUGACAUUGUAAUGUCCCAAAAUAAAGUAUCUAUUUUGAUAUGA